UACAUGCAUUCAACGGGGUCAACUUUUACGUCACGAUGGCUAGAUUUGAUGUUGCGCUUCAGAUUAUCGUUUUACUUGCGUGUAUGCAACACACAGUAUAAUUAUUUUAUGUAUGAUAUGAGUAAAAAUGAUUUAUAGUUUGUGUCACUUCUUAAAAAAUAUCGGACACUAAAGACCCAUGGGUGAUUUGAAUGAUGAAAUAUGUAAAGUGAACUUCUAGAUAUUUGAUUAAUGAACUACUGAUAUUUCCAGAGAAAACACAAAUACUAACGAUGAAGCCAACACCGACAUCGAAAGAUUCCGGUUUAAGUGAACGGCAGAAAAACUUCCAGGGCUACAUAAACACAACAAGGACAAGUCGUGGGUUUAUUUAUUGCAACCCGCUUUUUGUUCCAGCCGGACAGGAUUUUGACCGGAAUCAGGGAAACCAAAGUUGUCACGAUUCUACAAUCUUAAGACCCGAGUACGCAAGCUAUAAGGCGCGAUUGGCAACAUUUAACGACUGGCCGGAAGCGGAGUCUCAGAGGCCGCAGCUGCUGGCUAAAGCUGGGUUCUACUAUACAGGGUUCGCCGACAAGGUGUUUUGUUUUGCGUGUGACUGUUGUCUGCGGCAGUUGGAAGAAGGAGCAGAUCCUUGGGUUCAGCACUGCCGUGAGUGUCCUUUUGUCAAGCCCACCGAGGGGGAUGAGUGCAUUGAUGAGAAAAAGGCGUCUAUUCAUCAAGCAAAGGAGCUUGAAGAAGCGAACAAUUUAGAUGCAGACAUUUUGACACACAACAGAGAGCACGAUCACCCACUGCAACGUUGUGACGUUAAUGAGGCCACACUUAACAAAUAGUUUGUUUGGCGUUAUCCGACCGACCCACAAAAAUACCCGCGACAUGAAAGUUGUCAUAUUUUUUGUUUUCGUUUUUCAUUAGGUAAUAACGGGUGAAAAAGUACAACAUACACAAUAGGAACGAUCUUCCUACCUACAUGUACAAAUGUGGGUCGGGUAGCGCCAAACAAACUAUUUAGUAAUUUUGGUUGAGCGUAAAUGGUAUGAACUGCCGUGUAGAUACCAUCGGAUAUGCUGUGAAGGCGCUAGCAAAGCAAACAUGAUGCCACGGUGUGUCAAAUGUGUGCCCAGUCUGUCAAAGAAAUCUCAGACUGCCAUGAACAUUCGGGUGCUUUUAUGGAAUAAGCUCCACCAUUCAGCUUGAUCCCCGCGUCAGUUUUGUUACUUUUUGUUCUACAUUUUGCACAGACAAACACAUACGGAAAGUGAACAUUCUAUCAGAAUAGUGAUAUUUUUAAUGGAUAUGUACAUGGCUUAUACAGUCAUUGUUGUGUUAAUCUUAAUCAGUAUUAACCGUGGAAAUAAGAUAUUCACUUCAACUUUCAAUGUAAAUGCAAUCUACAUUAUCUUAUUACAAUAGUGUUAUUUUUUUCCAAAACAAUUACCCUUUUGGAAUUACUCUGUUAUUAAGAUGAAAUGCCCUCCUGCAUGCAUCCCUAGGUACGGUAAUUGAGUUUGAAGCAGUGGUAAUGUUGUGUGAAAUGAGGUGACAUGGCAUGAAAUAUAUAUUAAAAUCUAGUCAUGAUGACGGGUCAUUAUGGUUGAUUAACUGUGAUAGCCUUAAAUACGAUGUGAUACAAUGUAUAUUCAGUGCACUCAAAUAUAGGUACUUUAAUGUCGACAAUGAUAAUGUAUUGAUCUCUUGUACACACUCGGGCCUGUUUGACAUAUGAAAUAAGAACAAUACGAUGUAAUGUAUACGGCCUGGAGAAAAAAUGGCGCUUUCAUUUACUAGAGGUAUGACGGCAAAGCGCGAGCACACCAUGGCACAAUCAUGAAACAGUUAUGAGAAAGAUUGCUCUUUGACCUUAAAUGGAAUUGGUGGAAAGUUGAUGGCUAUGCAUGACAUUGUUUUCAAACAAGCCAAAAAAGUAACUGACCAAAUUUUCUGUGUGUGACCUUGAUCUUUGAAAGUUGUGAACUAUUUAGGUGUCGUAUCCAAUUAUACCGGUAACUUAAGCCUAAACCAAGAACACUUGAUUUGUAAAGCACCUAUGGCACUGAAUAAUUUAUUUUGUAAAUGCCAUUGUUAUGACCAUCAACCUAAUUUGUAUAUUAUUUUAUACAUUUAUUUAAAUCUUGAAUUUAUUCAUCUUGAAUCAUGCAGAAUAUGUUUGAGGUACACCAAAUCCAAAGAGUUAAAACGAAUCAAUUUAUGACUUUGUAAAAUAUUACUGUCACAACUUAUUCCUUCAAUGCAAGUGCAUUUGGAGAAUUAGGAACAUACCCAUUAUAUAUACAAAGAUAAGAGAUUUAAGAUUAAGACAGGUCUAGAAUUUUAAACGAGUUUAGAUAUCUUGUUAAAAAGUUAAAGAAUCUUAUUUUGUUGAUUAUGACUGUCCUUACAUUCACUUCGUUUUCAAACUGUUAAAAAGGCCAGAAAUUUUACAGUUGCAAUGCAGUUGAUAUGGAAGACGAAUUUUUUAUUUCGGUCCUUAAUACAACAAUAUUUAAAGAAAAUAAUAAUUUACAAGUUCUAUUUCGUUCGAUCGUCUGUGUUUAAGGUUAUGCAACUGUUUCAAUCCAAAAAAAGAAUGGAACAGUUUAAAAAUGUUUAUUUGUUCUGGGGUCUCUUAAAGAAAGAGUAUUAUAAAUAUCUGGUGGUAAUUGAACUCAGCUAAUUCAACUUUUUUAUUUGCUAUCGAUUAAUCAUAUAUAAUCAUGAUAAACCGGUUUUAUAAAAAAAAAAAACAUGUGUGAUUUGUGUGUGUUAUGUUUUGCUUUCUUGUAUGUAUAUAUUCGUUUGUUACUCUGUACAUACACAAUGAAAUAUGUAAUGUUAUAUAUUGUAUUUGUUGUUGACGAUGUACAAUGUACGAGUUGGAAAUAAACUGUAUGUGUAUGUG